AUGGCACCUAUAGGUUAUACAUGGGUGCCAUAUUCGCUCUAUGUGGUGAAACCGCGAGGGUCUCGGGUUUCGUUGGUUCCAAUACCGAAACUGAAACUACAGCAGUCGGUAUCGAUGCUAAAGAUGAAGAAGUCAGAGACUAAGAAAAGUGAGGUGAAAACUAAGAAGGUUGCGAGUAUUAGUUUUCUGUUUUUUAUCUUGCUCUUUGGUGGGCUGGUUCCUUUUCUGAAUGUGGAAAGCGUGGCAGUUGAAUUUUCUAGUGGGGAAUCUGAUACUUAUAAUAGAGUAACUUAUGAGAAAGGUCGCAUACAAGAGAAUGAGUUGGAACUUGAAUGGAAAGGACAACAACCACAGCCUUUAUCAGGUUCAAAUGAAUAUGUUCAUCUUGAAAACGUUAGUGAGGCUCUUGUUGCUUCUUUGCAUAUGCCGAGGAAUGAUAAGCUUGUGAAGAUUGAUGGCAACUUGAUAAUUUAUUUUGUUCUAUACAUUGAGAAAGCUAUGACAUUUCAAGAUACAUUUAGAAAGAAGAAUAAUAGAGAAACGAGUUUAGCAAUUCCUAUAAAUUUGGCUCUUGCAUUGGCAAUUCCUGAAAGUGGAGGAUCUAACCAUGAUGCCGAUGGUGGAGUCGCAGUUAAACACAAAAUUGGAACUUGA